CAUUAACGUACGACAGCACUUUGAGGUUGCAGCACUCUUCAACAGCUUGAAACUCAUUAAGAAUCGUCUAUAGUGCAGUACGAAUAUGACAGAAAAGGCAAAUUUUCAAAAGGUAACAGCCGAUGGACAAUCUCAGGACAACCAAGCCAAUGUCUUUUUAGACCAUUCAACCAGCAGCCACUGCAACAAUGACGAGUCACUUGGUGAGCAUCUUCAAACUUCAAAAAACCAAAACAAUAUGACUCAGCAAGGAUAUGGGCCACAUAAUCAAUCAGAUUUAAUUGUUAUCACUGAUGUGUCUGACACCGAAUUAAACUCUGGACGCGAACAAGAAUCAACUUCUAUGCUACUCAACAGGGCGAAUCAAGAAGACUCUACUAACCAGUCGCCUGCAGGUUCCAUAGCAGAAAAAAAAUCCGUCUGCAGUGAUAUUCAUCCUGCACAGCAAGCUCAAACCGAAAUAGGUCAAAGUGGGAGUGCAGUAACUGAUGGGUGUUUACGAUUUCGAUUGAUUCCAGUCAGCGAUACACCUGGUCGACCUGUUGUAGGUGACGUGUUGGAGCGGUCUGUCAAAGAAGGUGUAACAUUACGGAUUGGAAGACAGGUUGUACGAGAUGGACAGCCUAUAGCUACUAAUUCUCGAGGCAAUAGAGCUCCUACUGAUAGCGACAUUUGGUUUAUUUCAAAAGUUGUGAGUCGUAUACAUGCUGAAAUGUGGGUCAAGGACACACAGCUGUAUAUCAAGGAUAUUGGAAGCUCAUCGGGCACAUUUCUUAACAAAAUGCGUCUGAGUCCAUCAGGAAAAGAAAGUCGUCCCUAUCCUAUGAAGGAAGGCGAUGUUUUACAGUUUGGAGUCGACUUUAAAGGAAAAAUUGAAGACGUUUACAAAUGCGUGAUGCUCAAGGUUGGAUUUUUUGGUCAAAGUUGGGCAUCUCAACGGCAAAAGGAAAACCCAGCAAGAUUUACUCAAGCACUCAAGGCGUUACUUUCAGCAACUAACCCAUAUGCAACCAAAUCGUCAAAGGAGGACGAUGACAACAGUCCAGCAGAAUGCUGCAUCUGUAUUGGUGCAAUAGCACCAUUUCAGGCCAUAUUUAUUGCUCCGUGUUCUCAUUGCUACCAUUACAAGUGUGUUGCGACACUACUUCCUCAAUCAGCCAUGUUUCAAUGUCCACUAUGUCGGCAGGUUGCAAAUUUAACCGCGUCCGUUAGUAGCGAGUCCUUGCAGGAAAAGUUGGUAGUGUAUGAUGCACAACAAAUUGUGGUGGGACAAAAGGAUUUUUCAGGGCAUACCGCAAGCCAUGGAAGUGGAGGAGAUUAUGAAAUUGAUGCCGAAGCACAUACAGAUGGACAUGCGGCCGAUACAUCUGGACUCAAUACUAGAUCUACAAAUGUAUCCACUGGAUUUUUUUCCAGUCUGAGGCGCAAAAGUGGGAACGAAGCCUCUGCAGGUGCACCGGAUCUCAACUCGUCUGGAUCAGCAAUAGUUGGAACGUCUUUGGCACUUUCUGCUCCUAAUCCUAAUAUUCAAACUACUUCAAUUGCAUCUAAUUCUGGAUCUGGAAGCAACCGGCGUCGUAGUUUUACGGCCAAAGCAGAGCAUUUGUUUGAAAGUUUAAAACUUGGUGGACGAAAAACCAGUGGUGACCCUCCUUCUCGGAUCCAAGUAGGCGAACAUUCCGCUGGUCGAUCCAAUCUAGAGAAUGGUAGCAUUUCACCUCGAUUGGAUGAAGAGGAAUCGUCGGAAACUCAGCAACGUGGCAGUCCUGCCAAUGCAGUAGCGCCAGAACGUAAAGGACGAAAACGAACUCUUUCAAUGAAGAUUGGACAAUUUUUACUCAAGACAAGCGGUAACUCGACAAAUGGAGGCGAAGAACCAAGAUCGGCAACUACACCGCAUUCUCAGUUUAGCCAUAAUAUUCCACUACCUCGUAGUUCAAUGAGCACAAACCAACCCGAAAAUGGAUUACGAGAGAGUUCCGGUGAGCAUCAAAAUUCAAUCUGUGCAUCUGGUGAACGUAAGCAGCUUGAAAAUGCAUCUCAAAGUUUGACAAAUACUCAGAAUCUACCACCAUUACCGAAUGCAAAUAUACCAAUUGGAAACGAACAAAUUUCGAUUUCAAUUAAUUUGCAAGCACCCAAAGACGAAAACAGUGUUGAGAUCUCAGUUCAAGAAAACAUUACAACAUUACAAGAAUCUGAAGAAGAAACGCUUGUCAUGAAGCGUAAUCGAACGUACGGAACAAGAUCAGGGGACGGUUUAUUUAUGGAUGGUGGAGAAGGAACAGGACCACAAUCUUCACGUAUUCCACGUAUUCAGCAUAAUGACAUGGCGGUAUUGGUACAGCAUGCAGAAGAAGUUGAAACAAGUGAUCAUCCUACAGCAUCAACAAGUCAAUUGGUGGAUAAUCAAGCUUUACAAUUGAUCGACACUCGACUUUUUAUCUAGAAUUCUAUUACAGUCGUAUUCACGUGGAAUCAAACACUAAACAAGUGUCAAAAUACAUAAUAAACAAUCUCAUCCAAUGAU